AUGCCAACUAAUGUAUUUCCAAGAGCAUUAUCUGUGGAUUGUGAGAUGGUUGGAUGUGGUGAUAAAGGACAAAUAUCUGUAUUAGGUAGAAUAGCAGUUGUAAAUGACAAACUGGAACUAUUAAUGGAUACAUUUGUACGCCCUAGUUAUAGAGUAACAAAUUUUAGGACAAAAUGGAGUGGUUUAACUUGGAAUGAUUUAAAGGAUGGCGAAUGUUUUGAAACUGUCAGACAACGUUUUCUUCAUAUAGUUGAACAUUAUAGAGAACAUAGUGAAUAUGGACUAGUAAUAGUUGGUCAUGAUGUAAGUAACGAUUUACAGGUUUUAGAUUGGAAACCUUCAGAUACUGAAAUUCGUGAUACUGCAAUGUAUUAUCCUCUUAGAAGAAUGCUAGUUAAUUCUUUAUUAGAUCGUGGAUUAAUUAAUAAAUCACAAACAGAUGGAUAUAUUAGACAAAAAGUUUCACUAAAAACUUUUUCAAAAUAUCUCUUAAAUAGAAAUAUUCAAGAAGGUUCUCAUUGUCCUGUUGAAGAUGCUACUUGUACAAUGCUUUUAUAUUUGAAGGCCAGAGAUAAGUGGGAAAAUAUUAUAAAGAAUAGAAGAUCACUUUGUAAUACAUCAUUAAAUUCUGUAUUAAUGAGUGAUGAAGAUUUAGGAUCAGCAGUUAAUAAUUCUGAUUUAAAGAAUAUUAAUGACAAUUCACACAAUAAUAAUAGAAAUCGUUCUACAAAUAAUAAUAGAUUUAGAAAGAGACGUAAGAAGAGUAAAGGUAUGAUUAAAAGUCAUUAA